AUGAGAACGUUGACAUUCUUGAUUGAGAACAAAAACACAGUCUGUUUUACGCUCUUAGUCGCUAUAGCACUUUCACUGUAUUUACUGGUUUAUUUAUUUUCGCAUACACCAAGGCCGCCAUAUCCAGAGGAGCUCAAAUACACAGCUAUUGAUGAAAACGGCCUUGAAAUUAGUCGUGCUUUACCUAACUUGAGUGAGCACCAAGAUGACGAGGAAAUCUUUCUGUCUGUUGUUAUCCCAAGCUAUAAUGAAACAGGUAGAAUUUUACUAAUGCUGGCAGACGCAAUCAACUUUUUAAAGGGAAAAUAUGGUUCCCGGUGGGAGAUUGUGAUAGUGGAUGAUGGUUCCACAGAUAAUACCACACAAUAUUGUUUGAAAAUUUGUAGAGAACAGUUCAAAUUGAACUAUAAACAAUUCAGGGUCAUCAAAUUCUCACAAAACAGAGGUAAAGGUGGCGCAGUGAGACAAGGUUUUUUACAUAUUAGAGGUAAGUAUGGUCUUUUUGCUGAUGCUGAUGGUGCUAGUAAGUUCAGCGACGUAGAUAAAUUAAUAGAGGCUAUUAGAACAAUUGAAGCCUCUAGUACAGAUGUAAAGACGAUUAAGCCAGCUGUAGCAAUUGGUUCCAGAGCACAUAUGGUGAAUACCGAGGCCGUCAUAAAGAGAUCGAUGGUUAGAAACUGCUUGAUGUACGGUUUCCAUACUUUAGUUUUUAUCUUUGGUAUCAGAUCUAUUAAAGACACACAGUGUGGAUUCAAAUUGUUCAACAGAGCCGCUAUAUUAAGGAUUUUUCCGUACCUGCAUACUGAGGGUUGGAUCUUUGACGUAGAAAUCUUGAUUUUGGCCAUCAGGAAAAGAAUCCAAAUAAAAGAGAUACCAAUUUCCUGGCAUGAGGUUGACGGCUCUAAGAUGGCUUUAGCUAUUGAUAGUAUCAAAAUGGCGAAAGACUUAGUUGUCAUAAGAAUGGCCUAUUUAUUAGGGAUAUAUAGAGAUAAUAAGAAGUGUUAA